AUGAAUGUCAAUCUGUCUGGUCAACCACCGUCACAAUCUCGACCGGUUGUUAAUCGACCAUUAGAAGAAGGAAAUCGUGGGAGACAACGAAAAAAAUAUCAUGGUAAUAAAAAAUUACAACGUUUACGUCGCAGACGACGUGCUCGUGGCAUGACUGAAACAGCCAUAGCUAAAACCAUUAAGGCACGGAAACAUGUGAAAGAAAAGCAAAAGUCAAAACCAUCGAAGAAGGUGACUACGUCAACAUCAGUUCUUCAAACGGAACCCCCGGCAAGAACUGUACCGAUAGCAUUAGCUUUUUUUCUCAUCAAAGGUCUUCACUUCACUCGAUCUAUUACGCCUAUAUGUAGAUUACCAGCUUAUUUAACUCAUUCACCACAUUUGAUCUUUCAAGCAUUACGUCAAGAAUUUAAUCGUUUCUUGAAUAAAAAAGAUGAACAAAUUUUUAUUCAUGUACGUCUACAAUUGUUAGACCGACAAUAUCGUCUCGAACUCGAUCAACGUUUAUGGCAAUCCUAUUUAAAUCUCGGUCUUCAAGAAAAGUUAUGGCCUCGUUCAUUGUAUGAAAUGGCCAAGACCGAUCAGUCAGAGCUAUGUGAAAAUUAUAUUAUGACACAAUUAGCUGUAAUCGACGACCAACUAGAGCAGUGUAAUAUGAAAUUGUUUACACAAGUGCAGUCAUCGAUACCUAUUCUAUUACCAUCAUUAGAUAUAAUGGAUAGAAGUUUGAAAAAUUAUGUUUCUCUACAACAACACUAUUUAGUUGAACGCAUAGAUCAUCAAAUAAUGAGCUGUAAGAAUGAUAUUCGUGAUCAGCAACUCAAUCGAGAUUUGUUUACUUACAAUCUCACUAAUGCUAAACGAAAUGCACUUGAGCAAAUCAUACAUAUACGAAAAGCACAAUUGCAAGUCUAUGAAGAAUUUAUUAUGUUGGAACAACGUAUCGUUCAUCAAUUUCUGUCACCGAACUUUGAUCAAUUUGAAAAGAUUACUGCACCAGAUUUUUAUUGCCCACCCAUUGCUGAUAUUACAGUAGUCGAUCUUCGGACAAAACGUCGUACUAUUUUAAAGCGAGGAAAACGUCAUUUACUCAAUAUUUUUUAUUCUGCCUAUGAAUAUAAAUUCAAUGAAUGUGAACAACAAUAUCAACAAGGUUUAAAGGAUUUUGAAUUACAAUUGUCUACAACAAUUCAAAUUAAUGGAAUGUCUCUGAUCGACUAUUUCAAAGCUUAUAUGUUACAUCAUACCAAUCGAGCCAUCGAUAAUAUAUUUCAUAAACUAGGCCAUUUUUGA